AUGGUGGUAAAAGAGGUGAAGAUAGUGGUGAAAGAGGUGGUGGUUGUGGCAGUGGUGAUGGAGGUGGUGGAGGUGGAGGCGGUGGAGGUGGUGGAGAUGGAAGAGGAGGAGGUGGUGGUGGCAGAGGUGGUAGAGUUGGAUGUGGAUGUGGAGGUGGAGGUGGGGCCUGACGUCCUCGUCGGCACACUCGCACCACUACCAUUUUGUCACAUCCUAGAUUGGCUAUAUUGUAGCACGAUAUUGUCCGCUUUAGGCUCUCUACCCCCACGGUUUUGUUUAUGGGAACUCACAAGCAACUUCUCAGUAGGUCACCCAUCCUGGAAUUGCUCUAGCUUAAACUCGCUUAACUUCGGAGUUCUCAUAGAAUCCGAAGCCAGUGAGUUCCCAAAAGGCUUCAUGCUAGAUAGAGCGGUGGCUAGAAAAUCAUUCGAAAGGGACGGUGGUGAUGGGGUGAUACCGGUGGCUUUCAAGCUCAAAUCCCCUUGA